CUCCCUCACACACACAGACACACGCAGACAGAUAGAGAGAGAGGAGAAAGGAGCGCACUUUCGAGGCGAGGAUCUCUCUGACUCACUGCUCCGCUCCACUCCGUGCUCCCUCCCAUGGCAGGCAGAGGACUGGAGAAGAGGAGGAAUAGAGGAAUACUGCAGUGACCAACCAGCUGCUCGCUCUCUCUACCUCUCGCGGCUCCACUGCUUUCAUCCCCUCUUUUUUUCUUUUUUUCUUUCCCCCCCUGCCAAUUAUAUCAUGAACCUGUCUGCUGCUUGUUGAUAAGGACAGCAAAACAGGGAGCAGUGGACAAGGCAUUAUUUUGUUGCUAAGCCUCCUGAGCCUAGGACACAGCAGACAUGGCGGAGGCAUCCAGAGACCUGGGACAACAGGGUGUGGGGAUAACAGAUCCUGAGGAGGACUCUCCCAACAUGAUAGUUUAUAGAAAGAUUGAAGAUGUCAUUAUGCGGAUACAGGAUGAGAAGGCAGGAGGGGUGGCCAUCCGAACUGUCAAGAGCUUCCUGUCCAAGAUCCCCAGUGUGGUAUCAGGAGCAGACAUUGUGCUGUGGCUGGUGAAAAACCUUUCAAUUGAGGACUCAGCUGAAGCCAUCCAUUUAGGGAGCCUGAUUGCUGCCCAGGGCUACCUCUUCCCCAUCUCCGACCACGUCCUCACUCUCAAAGAUGAUGGGACCUUAUACCGCUUCCAGGCUCCAUACUUCUGGCCCUCUAAUUGUUGGGAACCUGAAAACACAGACUAUGCCAUUUACCUGUGCAAGCGCACCAUGCAGAACAAGGCCAGGUUGGAGCUAGCUGACUACGAGGCUGAGAACCUGGCUCGACUGCAGAGGGCCUUCGCCAGGAAGUGGGAGUUCAUCUUCAUGCAAGCUGAGGCGCAGGUCAAGAUCGACAGGAAGAAGGACAAGGUUGAGAGGAAGAUUUUGGACAGCCAAGAGAGGGCAUUCUGGGACGUCCAUCGCCCUGUGCCAGGCUGUGUAAAUACCACAGAGAUGGACAUUCGCAAGUGCCGGAGAGAGAAGAAUCCACAGAGGGUGAAAAAGUCGGUGUAUGGGGUAACAGACGACACCCAGACUCAGAGUCCAGUCCACCAGUCCCUCCCGUCCCAGCCGGCCAGGAAGCUCACCAGAGAGGACGUGCAGAAGGAGAUUUCCUUCUUGAACAUCCAGCUGGACAGACACUGUAUGAAAAUGUCCAAAGUAGCAGACAGCCUCAUGGGCUACACGGAACAGUUCAUGGUCUACGAUCCUUUGGUGUCAACCAUUGAACCGUCCAACCCCUGGAUCAGCGAUGACAUGACCUUCUGGGACCUGGAGGCUAGCCGGGACCCCAGCCAGCACCGUGUGAAGAAGUGGGGCUUCUCUCUGGAGGAGGCCCUAAAGGACCCAGCAGGGCAGGAAGCGUUCCUCAAGUUUCUGGAGUCGGAGUUCAGCUCAGAGAACCUCCGGUUCUGGUUGGCAGUGCAGGACCUGAAGCGGAGGCCCCUGGAGAACGUGGCAGCCAGGGCCCAGGAGAUCUGGCAGGAGUUCCUGGCAGAGGGAGCGCCCAGCUCCAUCAACUUGGACUCCCACAGCUAUGAGCGCACCAGCCAUAACCUCAAAGACCCUGGACGAUACAGCUAUGAAGACGCACAGGAGCACAUCUUCAAGUUGAUGAAAAGUGACAGCUAUGCACGCUUCCUGAGAUCUAACAUCUAUCAGGACCUCCUGCUAGCCAGAAAGAAGCUGUCACAGACAGAGAGUGAGCAGGGCCGCCGUACCUCCCUGGAGAAGUUCACCCGCAGUGUGGGCAAGUCUUUGACGGGCAAGCGGCUGACAGGGCUGAUGCAGUCAUCCUGACACUGCCUGGGCAGGAGGGGCAUAGAGAGACACCCCUGGAGGGGUCAUGACCAUGUGGGUAGAGGGGCGUGCUGGGGCGGGAGGCUCUGUUCUGAAGGGUUACAGACAAUACCAUGCAGAACUGGGGUUAGGAACACUCACAGAACCACAGAGGAAUGGAUCAUGCCAGCCAGGGCGGGCCUUGACCCACUCACUACAUGGCAUGCAUACAGUACAAGCACACACAGACACACACGGUUACAGUAGGGCUACAUACAAGAUCAAAGAGUCAUAGUGGGGUAUAUACAUAUAUAAAUAGAUAGUUCCACCUGCCCUCACUAGGCAGUCAGCAAUAAAGACAGCAGGAUAACAAAUCUCUUUUUUAUAUCUUUAUCUAAAUCUAUAUCAUAUUUUUUCUUAUACAGUACACCGCAUAAUCCUGUUUACUGAUGGAAACUUAAAACCUAUUAUUUUUGCAGUGAUUGGGAAUAUAUUUUUGUUGGCCCAUAAAUCUAAGGUAUUAUAAUUGUUAUUAUAGAAGACCGGUUAAGUAACUUUGAGGGAAAUUCUCCAUGCUUCAUUACAUUCCAAGAGUAGGUUUAAGGCCUUGAUAGAGAAUCUACAAUGAAUCAUUGCAUGUUUCAUCAAAACAUUUUGUUUGUUUGUUUAGAAUUCAUGCUGUGGUUGGAUUUUUAUUGAUUGAAAUCAUGAAGUCCAAUUGAGGUCAAAGGCUUAUUUUUCAAAGGAGACCUGGACAAGAAAGCUCUAGUAUUUUACAUAGACAAUCAUACACUCUAGAACACCUACCAUUUGAUUCAAUCAAUAUAGAUAGCUAUAAUGUUUCAAAACCCUAUCCCUUAUGGAAAAUGUCAAUAAUGUCGAUGAGUUUAUAAAUUUGUGAUUUCAGCCUUAUUUAGUCUUUUAUACGGCCUCAUGGGGUUUACAUAUUAUUCUGGACCUAUUCAAGCAGAUACAUGCCAAAUAAGUGCCACAUCUGAUCAGUCACAGAGAUACUUAAGUGACAUUCACAUGCCUUACAGGCCCCUAAUGAAAAUAGCCCUGCAUCACUACCAUCUAAUGGAGAGUAAACACCAUGCACAACCUCUGUGGAACAUGAUGGCCUGCCCUAACAGGUGUGGCAGGAAUAUUUAUUUCAUGUCAAAUUAUUUAUUUAUUAACCUUUUUUAACCAGGGGAACCCAUUGAGACCAGGGUCUCAUUUCCAAUGAAUCAUAAUUUUACCCCGCAAUCAGAUGGAUCCUACAGUAUGACAUUUAACAGCCCAAGAAAUGCAGCUUUAUUUAGUACUAGCCUUUCUGUUGCAUGAGUGUCAAUGUAAACCAUUACCUACAUGCUCAGUCAUUUAUCCAUAGUCCAGGCUUUGGGUCAGAGAGAUGUGUACGUGCUCAUCAUAUGUUGCAAGCCAUUGUUAUAUUUGCCAAACAGUGUGCAUGCUUGUUAUGGAAAAUGCUCUGGCGAGUUUAGGGAGUCUGAGCUGGGGAGUAAAAGUCACGUGAACAGAGACCCAGCAGGCUGCUUGGUUCUUCUUCUUCUAUCUUCAAACACAAACAAAAGGUUAAUGCCCUCGAUCCCCACCACUGAACAGAACAGGAGCAUCGCAGCUGAAAGGACAAACUCCUGAGAUACACUGCUUCCACAUCCACCCCUGGAACUGGAACAUACAGGACAUAAUACCUCUUCUACCCUCCCAAAGUCCUGAGCUAGAAGAGGGUAUCAUUCACAGCACAACAACAACUCCCUCGUGUGGUGAGGGGGAGGGACACACGAUCAACUCAGAUCAAAGUUUAUUGGUUGCGUACACAGUUAUGCCAGAGACAACUGCCAGAGACAAUAUUAUGAAAGACAAAUCGAGAGCUUGGUACUAUAAUGUUCGAUCUGCAUUGUUGUCAAAAUUCAGUUAUUGACAUAGAGAACAUUGAACAGAACUAUCUAUAUAGUGAUCUAAAUACCACAAUUCAUGUGAAGUUAAAAGUACAAAAUAAAAAAUUGCUGAGACCAAAGGGUUCGGAACUUUAAAGCCAAUUAUAUCAGAAUAAUCUUUUUGCAGAUAGAACGUUAUAGUCCCAAGUUCUUGAAAUACUGAGAUAAUUAUUUCAAUAAUUGUUUCAAUUAGAGUUGCUGCAAUGCACUGUACUGGUUAAUAUUUAUGAUUAUCAUAAACUGAUAACCUCUUGACUGUAAGGUAGAGAUGCUUAAUUUAUUGAGUCAGUGUUUAAAAAUAUUGUCGGCACAAACACAAUAGUGUAUGUACAGAGUGCAUUGUACAUAAAUUGACUCUAUAGAUUUCCAUUAUCUAAAAGCACAUUUUAUGGUAUGGGCACAUUACUAUGCAUGUAACAUAUCCAGGGCAUUUGUGCUUCUAGUUUCUCAAACAGCAAGAUGACUAUUAUCAAUGUAAAAUACCCAUGCACCUGAUAUCUUGUGGGCACCAAAUAAUAAAACCUUUGGACCUGUCUA